AUGGGGAGAAUGAUACUGAAUAAUGCAUUGCGAACAAUAGUGAAUGCAGAGAGAAGGGGGAAAGCUACAGUGGAGUUGCAACCUAUCUCUACAGUCAUGUCAUCUUUCCUCAAAAUCAUGAAAAAUCGAGGUUAUAUCAAGGAUUUUCAAGUUUUUGAUCCACAUAGAGUGGGGAAGAUAACAGUUCAACUACAAGGCAGGGUUAAUGAUUGUAGAGCUCUUACUUACAGACAGGAUGUCAAGGCAAAGGAUAUUGAAGAGUACAAAAUGCAAAAGCUUCCAACCCGCCAGUGGGGUUAUGUUGUGAUUACUACUCCCGAAGGGGUGCUGGAUCACGAAGAGGCUGUUAAACGUAAUGUGGGGGGCCAGAUAAAUGGUAGAACAGUAGGAUUACUCCUCUUGAAAACAGAUAAUAACACUUUAUCUAUUUCACUUCACAUCUCCCCCACGCUCUCUGAUCACUUAUCCGAUGUAUCGAUGAUCGGAAUUCGACUCGGUGUGUGGGAUGAGUGA